AUGGAUCGGUUAUUCACGCGUUCAUCAUCACCUCGUCAAAUAAUCCUGUCUUUCUAUCGUUAUUUAUCAUCGUUUAAACCAUUUUCACCUGUUCCAAUGGAAGCACGAAUUGUAAGUAAAACUGUACAACGAACAUCAAACGACGAUAGUUUUGAUUGGUUAGAACCUGAUGAAAAAUUUCCAUUACCUGGAAAAAUUAGAGCAGUACAAACACAAGUACCACCUGUAUCUGAACUCAAUGCCAAUAAAUAUGGUGAUGAUGGUAAAAUAUUGUUAGAUGAAGUGAUAACCUUAACUGUGCCAUAUGAUCUUCAGACAAAUGCAUUAACUCAAAUAAUGGCAACACAUUUAGAACUCACUUCACCAACAUCAAUCGAUACUGCAUUUCCCAAACUACUUUUACACGAUAAUGAUAAACUAGAAGUGAAAGCGUUUGAAUGUCCAAUAUUACUUAGACAACAAUUGAAACAAUUAUUUUUAAAUUAUAAUGUCAUUCAACAACCAUUAACAGCAAUAACCCUAUGUAUGAAGACAAAUAAUGAUAUGUCACAAUGGUCAAAUAAAAUUGAAACAGAGCGAAAUGAAAUGAUUGAUGAAUUUAUCAAGUUGGCAAGUGAAAUAUGUUCAUAUCUAAUUCAAAAACAAUAUUGGGCCGAUUUUAUUGAUCCAACAUCAGGCACACCCUUUUAUGGUCCUCAUACACAAGAUACAUUGUUUGAAACGGAUGAACGUUUCAGGUAUUUUGGUUUGAAUAUAGUUGAUUUAGGAUGUUGUCGUGUAAUUGAACAUAUUCAACAUGGUACACACAUAUUUGUUGGCUGUUUAUUUACGUCUGCAUACAAAACAGAUGAAAAUGUUGUACAUUUAUUGAAAGAUUUUAUUAUCAAGAAGGAACCGGUAAGAAACAAUAUUAAAGAAGAACAAGAACCACUGAAAACAAUGAAAACACAAGAAAAUGCUGACAAAGAUGAGGCAACAUCCACAUCCACGUCAGUCGGAACAAAGACAACAACACCAGUUAAAGAUAAAAAAAAUUUAGAACUUGAAGCUCCUACUGUAUAUUAA